GUUCUGUCUACCAACCUGUUUCGUGAGUACCACUACGUGAGCAGCCCCAAGACAUGGGCUGAAGCUCAGCGGUACUGCAGAGAGACGUACGCCAACCUGGCCACCGUGGACAGCCCAGAGGAAAGCGACAGUCUGCUCCAGAAAGUUCAGGAACCUGAAAAAUUUGCCUGGAUGAGCCUUUUCGACAACACAGCGAACUGGAAGUGGGUAAUUGGAGACGAAGAUUUUAACCCUGAAGAUUUUAGUAACUGGAAAAAUGGUGAGCCUAACACUUUAGGCUCCAAAGAGGCGUGUGCGGUGAUUACGCAAGCUGGGCUUUGGCGAGACGAGAUUUGUGACACAGAACGUCCCUUUAUCUGUUUCCACGGUGAGAUCUUUGGGUUUCUUAAACUAAGUUUAGUUACUAAAAGACAGAGUACAACUUCUGCUCCCUGACAUCCAUCUCCACAAAAGCAUAGUAAAAAUAAAAAAGGCUUUUCACUUCAGUGGAAACAUAGGUCCAGUCAGAAGUUUGCUGCAUACAUCAAGGGCAGUAACGCCACAUUAACUUCGGGCUUUGAAUGAUUUAUUUGGAUGGUUGUUUUAUCAGGAUGGAAGGAUGAUGCAACACACAACUUCUCUGAAUUAAAGCCAAUGCUCACAUAUAUUCUUUUCAGCAUUCUACGAAGUGCUUUUGUUGCAUCAUCCCUGAGGCCUGUUAAAAGAGUCGUUCAACUAAAUCAUUUAAAGUCCACAUGUAAUGUGGCGUUCGCGCCGGUGAUGCACGCACGCAGACAUCUGAGGUUUGCAAGAAAGAUGGGUGAAAACUUUUCCAUAUUUUGUCACAUUACAACCACAAACUUGGAUACAUAUUUCAUUGGAAUUUGAUGGGAAAGACCAGCACAAAGUGGCAUACGAUUGAGAAGUAGAAGGAUUAUACAUGAACAUCUGACAGAGCAGUGUUCAAUCCAUCAUCAGGAAAUGGAAGAACUGCAGAACUAUCAUCGAGAAUCCAACUUAAAGAAGCUUAAGCAUGUAUGUUAUUCUUGGGGUUUUUUCUGCUUACAGAACAGGGCCGCUCAAAAUACAUUUAGUGGAAACCGUUAUGUUUUGGAACGACGCUAAGAACUACUGUCGAUCCCACUACACGGACCUCAUCACGGUGAGGAGCAUGUCUGAGAACGAAGAAAUCCACCCACUGAUUGAGACGAACCACUGGAUCAGCCUUCACAGAGCUCUCUGGGCUAACUGGUCUGACCUUACCCCAGUUCACUUCACCAACUGGGAGACGGGCCAGCCCGACAACAACGGCGUCACCAACAUGACUUCCUGUGCUGCCGUGGAUACGAGCACCGGAACGUGGUGGGAUGUUGGCUGCAGUGAAAAGCAUGAGUUCAUCUGCCAGACUCUAAUUCCAUACAGUAGGAGGCUGGAGCUGCGCUUCCAGUCCGAGGUUAACCUGACCGACCCCGACGCCCAGCAGCAGAUUUUACAGCAGCUACAUGCAAAGUUGAACUCUGACGAGUUGACAGAAUUUAAACUGCGCUGGAUCAAGAAAUACGGCGUCACUUUUCACAAGGAGCAGAGGAAGAAGACGUAAGUGUAAACGCAUCCUGUGUCUGCGUGCGUUUUCUGUAAUAAAUAAACCUAACGUUGCUCGUCACAUUUUACAGAUUAACUAACGAGCUCAUGAAACAUUUGUGACAAAUUCAUAUAAAAAUAUAUUUUUUAGCCUUUGUUGAUUUAGGAUGAAGAACUGAGCUGGUGCUGGUCCUACACAGCCAUGAAUUAUUAAAAAUGCCUUACGAUGAAAAAACUAAAACAAAUAAUA